AUGGAUCCAAACGGCGAACAUGGGCCGAUCCAAUUUCUAUUACUCAAACCCAAUUCUCCUGCCAAACUUCCAACAUACCCGUUCAUCAUCUCUAAAUCUGUCGAACUCGCCGCCGGAGAAAUCAUAGGAGGACAUCCAUGCGAUCAGGGCCAGGCUUACCUGCUAAAAGUUAGAUCCCAAAAACAGGUUGACAAAUUGCUAGCAGUCAAAAAUUUGAUCGACUCAACUCCCGUGACAAUAAAUUUUCACCCUUCGCUCAACACCUGCAAGUGCGUGGUCACCUGCCGCGAAGCCGCAGGAGCCACUGACGAGGAACUAACACAAGAUCUCGCCAACCAAGGUGUAAUCGGCGUCCAUCGAUUCACCAGGAAAGUAGAUGGAAAAACCCAACCCACCAACACUCUUGUCCUCACGUUACGAGGAACCACAGUACCCACCCACAUACGUUUCGGAUUUAUACAAGCUCAAACCCGCCCCUACUACUCCCGACCAAUGAUUUGCCUGCAGUGCGGAAAACUUGGGCACACCAAAAAGCACUGCAAAAAUGAAACUGCCUGCCUCAACUGUGGCGAAGAACAAACCCACCCCAACUGUGAACUACCUCCAAACUGUGUCAACUGUCAAGACGCCCACCCUAGCAACAGCCGCUCCUGCCCUGCCUAUAAAGAAGAACAGGACAUAAUAAGAAUCCGAACCGACUUGGGAAUCCCUCACAACGAAGCCGUCAAGGAAUACAGAAAACGCCAAAAACAAUCAACAUCGCUCCAACAACGCCUAAUUCAAGCCACCACCAAUCCAACAAUUGCAGAAAAAGACAAGGAAAUAUUCGGCCUCCGCAAGCUGGUCGACUUCCUUACUGCCCAAAUCACCACCCUCACCAACCAAGUAAAAAAACUGGAACUGCAAAAAGAAAAAUCUCCCGAAACAUCCGACAGUGACGCCAGCAUGACCAGCGACAUAUCCACAGUCAGCAUCCAAAACACCCCCAAGCGCUUCUGGAAGACAUCCUCCGAAGAUUCCCCUACAGGAAGCGACCCCAAAAAUGGAAAACCUGCAGAAAAGAGACAAAAAAAGAAACGCCAACGCAAACCAGAAAAUCCAACUCCUCCAACCAUAGACCUCCCACUGGAAUCCACUCAACAAGGUAAAACCGCAACAUCAACCCCUCCCCAGCAGACCGGUAAGUCAACCAAACUACCAAGCAACUAUUACGCAUCCACAUCAUACCUAAAAUAA